UCUCCGUCCUUCCUGUUAAAAUGAGCUCCAGUUUAUUGGACAAUUUAACAGCAGAUUUAUGAGCAGCCAGUAAUGAGGAAUAUUGAUACCACAGUCCGGCCGAUUAGUCCCUGACAGUGGGAAACAGGCGAAAGAUUUAAUCGUGGGAUUAUUUGAGAACUUCAGAUUUAAUCUGAUACUUCAGUCUUUCCAAUAACUGAAUAUUUCCCUAGUCUUGUUUCUCCGGUAUCUGGCAAUGAAGGAGAGGGUGUUUUUGGAAUUAACGAGACGACUCUCGGGUUAAUACUUUGGAACAAAAAAACACAGUAAUGACGGGGGAAAUCUGUCCUUCUCAGAGAAUCGAAGCUGUACACAUGGACUUGCCUCUCGGACUAGGAGUUUCCUGGAUCUGCGGCUUGCAGUGGAAGUGAUACAGUGAUUUCUGGCAAAUUUCCCCACACCACAAUGAAGUUCAAGGCCGGGGUUACAGUUCAGGAUGGAAAAUAGACUCCUGCACAGAGUCUGAAACCGGCUUUCUAACACAACUCAUUCUACACCGCAGUAACUAUGUACUCCCCGCUCUGCCUGACUCAGGAUGAAUUUCAUCCCUUUAUCGAAGCACUUCUCCCUCAUGUCCGUGCUUUCUCCUACACAUGGUUCAACCUGCAGGCUCGCAAGCGCAAAUACUUUAAAAAGCAUGAGAAACGCAUGUCCAAGGACGAAGAGAGGGUGGUCAAGGAUGAACUCCUUGGAGAGAAGCCUGAAAUCAAACAGAAGUGGGCGUCUCGGCUCUUGGCAAAACUGCGUAAAGAUAUCCGGCCUGAAUUCCGGGAGGAUUUCGUGCUGACCAUCACGGGCAAGAAGGCUCCUUGCUGUGUCCUUUCUAACCCUGACCAGAAAGGCAAGAUUCGGCGGAUCGACUGCUUGAGGCAGGCAGACAAGGUCUGGAGGUUAGACCUGGUAAUGGUCAUAUUGUUCAAAGGGACUCCCUUAGAAAGUACUGAUGGUGAACGCCUGGUCAAAUCACCUCAGUGCAGUAACCAAGGCCUGUGCGUCCAGCCACACCACAUUGGAGUUUCUGUAAAGGAACUUGACUUAUAUUUGGCCUAUUUUGUACACAACCCAGAGUCAGGACAAUCUGAAAGCUCGAACCAGCAAGGAGACGCAGAUGUCAAACCACCACCCAAUGGGCAUUUGAAUUUCCAGGACUGUUUUAUUACAUCUGGAGUUUUUAGCGUUUCUGAACUUGUGAGAGUGUCGCAAACCCCAGUUGCUGCUGCCACGGGCCCCAGCUUCAAUCUGGCUGACCUGGAGAGUCCAGGGUACUACAGCAUUAACCAGGUUCCCCUGGGUAGGAGGACCAUCACCACCCCACCCUCCACCAGCUCCACCAAGCGACACAAAUCCAUCGAGGACAGUGAGAUGGAGAGCCCGGUGGAUGAAGUCUUUUACUCCAGUACAGGCCGAUCUCCAGCUGCGGGCAGCAGUCAGAGCGGAGGAUGGCCUAACGAUGUCGACACAGGGAUGACAUCUCCCACUUCCUUAAAGAAGUCAACGAAACACGAGUUCGGCAGCGGUACGCCUUCACAAACGGUAUCCUCGCGGAUGGCAUUCACACAUCACCCAUUGCCCGUGAUAGCAGGCACCAGACCAGGGAGCCCUCGAGGGCCGGCCUCCGCUAUCCAUUUCCCACCGUCCUCCAUCAUCCAGCAGCCAAGCCCCUACUUUACCCACCCAACCAUCCGCUACCAUCACCAUGCCAGCCAAGACCCUCUGAAGGAGUUUGUUCAGCUGAUCUGCUCCGACAGCUCCAGUCAGGCCACAGGACAGGUGGGGUACCUGAAUCCAAACGGCAGCAGCCAGGGCAAGGUUGCGGGGUCUUUUCUGCUGCCGCCACCACCCCCAAUGGCCAGACCCGUCCCCCUUGCAAUGUCUGACACAAAAUCAACCAGUGCGUCCCCAGAGGGAGGAGCCACAUCACCUACAUCACCGUCAUAUUCAACGCCCAGCUCCUCCUCUGCAAACCGGUUUGUCAGUAUUGGACCACGAGAUGGGAACUUUGUAAAUAUCCCACAGCAGUCACAGUCUUGGUUCCUCUGAUAGAUUCGAACCUGUCCCAAUGAGCAGCGACAAGACCAUCUGAUACCUUCCUUGACAGAAGUAAAAAUUGACAGAGAGAGAGAGAGAAAGAGAGAGAAAAGAGAGAGAGAGAAAGAGGGGGGAGGGAAACGACAUCAUCGCUGAACACUGGGAACAGAAACAGCAACCAUCUGAGAUGACUCAGACACGUUCGAGGAAGGAAACAAAAAUACACAAACCAGUUCAGAAUGAUCUCUCCAACCAUAUAGGAAUCGAUUUUUCCACUCAAAUUGGCACCCAAUACCGUCACACAUUGUGCAGUGUAACGUGGCUUUGAGUUUGGUGGGAGCAUUUAACGUUUGCAUUUUAUAAGGACCGUGAUUUUAACCUGUAUAGCCAGUAUUAAGAGUUAAGGGUAAAGGUUACAGUGGACUUAUAGCACGCCAGAAAGAUGGUACACAAUCAAACCCAGAAUUGACGUUUUUUUCAAAGAAAGGAAAACACACUACAAUCUGCAAUGCAAACGCGACUAUUAUCUUUAUAAGUGCCUCGUUCAGUAUACAUCAAAUGCAUUAAAGGUUGCAUAAAUGUAUUCAAAUAUUUAUAAAUAUAUAGAAACUAUACAAGAAUAGACUCAAAUAGUUAUUCCAGCCCCAAUUAUCCCACCAAAAUGUGCUACAGUCACUCAAAAUGUAGUCUACAUUGGACUGCCUUAACCAUUAAAACUAAAAGCGACCCGGAUUUUUGGCCAUUUCCCCCACACUGGGCAAUUGAGGUGAUGUCCAUCAGGGGGCAGUGAAGGUAGCCCUCUCAAUGACAUGCCCUUGAUCUCGGUGAGACUCUGGGAAAGGGGGUGGAGGGGUGGGGGUGGUUUGUCAGGAGCAGGAGCCAGCUAGUCGCAAGGACCAGUGGAGGACUCAACGGCUGUGGUUGUUGUAAGCGCUGAUCUUUCACCUUCUCCGCGUUUCCCCUUUUCUCCCCACCACCGCAAACUCUAGUAGGACACUCAACACCAAUAGUCCUUUCUGCUCCCCCCACCCUACCUAACUGCAUCACCUUCACUGCCCAUGCAGGGAGAAGGAUUCCUGCUAUUUAAAGGGAGAGGGAUCAAAGAGCCUUCAAAGGGGUAAGGGGUUGGGGGGGGCGGUUGGGAAAUGAGAUCGAACACCGUGGAAGGUGUAACAAGAAAGGGAAAGGGGCAUGGAUCGAAGCAAAGGUAACAGAGAGAUCAGGCACCAGCCCCCAAGAUUGCACCCCCUCCUCAAAAUGUAACACACGGGUGUGGACGGACGGACAGGUUUUAAGCUAGCAAUCUUUUUCACCCCCUCCCCAGUGACUGUCCUUGAGUCUUUAAGGUGUAAAUGAACCUUCCACCAAAUGGAAAGCCGAGUGAUACGAGUCCACAAUGACUGGGUAACUGUACACAUGGAACUCUGUGAAGGAGACAUGCUCACUGACGGAAAUUCCGCACCCUGUCCAGGUUCGCUUACUCUGCCUCCCAAAAGGGUCGCUCGUAUUAUCCACCCCCGACCUGAUGUCGGAACAGAGAGGGAUAUGAAGACAUGUCCAACAGAAUGGGGAGGGGGUGGGGUGGCUAAAGAAGGAGCGAGUGGGACACAGAGAGAGAAGGGAACGGGUGUGUUGGCUUUAUACAAGGUCCGAUUCCCCAGCGCCGCCUGACGUUGUAUCCACAGCAGGGAGAACCAACCUGGAGCUGAUGUGUGUCCUUCCCAAGGUACAGUCUACCCUCAACUGCAUAGUAUAGACUCCAUAGCAUCCCUUCCCCAGAUCAGCUAGUGGCGGCGGGGAUAAAGGAAGGGGAGGGGUGUAGAGGGUGGGUAGAUGGGGGAGGGGUGGAGGCAGAUUGGGGGGGCAGAUUGGGGGGAUAUAGGGGAGGGGUGGAGGUGGAUGUAAACGAGGAUUGGAUGGAGGGUGGGGGUUGAUGUGAAGAGGGUGUAGGUGAGUGGGGAGGGCAGGGUGUUGGGGGGGGUGUGUGUGGUGGGUGGGAAGAUCAUCAUUAGGUCCUAACUUACACACUUGAAUUUUGAUUGGGCAAAGAUUAUCAUGUAGUAGUAUUGAAUUCAACCUCACCCACCUCCCUAACUCCCCAGUCCCCCCCCCAAAAAAAAAACCCACCCUCCCACGAACUACAGCUCAUCCCGACCCCCAGCAGGGGGCAAGGGCAGAAAGCACAAGGGGAUGAUGGGGGCCUGAGGCCAGUGAGUAACCCCUGCCGCCCAGUCCCCAGAGCACAAGGGCCUGGUCACUGGGUCCUGAUAUUUAUGCUCCAGCCCUGGGUCCUGUCCCCAAUCAUCUUGACCAUCCUCCCCCAACUCUCGCCAAGACUGGUGUCCUGUCGCUACGGCAGUAAACGUGACAGGUUAUGGUGAUCCAGAGAAGUUGCCUUGAGGUGGCUGCCUGAGGCAGGUUCACUUGUUUUCAAAUGGCAUCAGGCUGUAGAGAAGGGCGGGUGGUGAUGUUGUGAGGGUGGGGAAUUGGAGUGAAUCUAAUGGGGCUGUCCUACAAUGAGCUGAACUGCCUCAUUCGCUGCUCUGUGUGUUCUGUCGUGGUUCCAAGAUCUGAGCGAGAAAGAGAUUCGGCUUUAACCCAUGCUCAAAAUUCGAACGAUAAAGAAUUUGGACCAGCUUCAGGAGCUGAAAAUUUGAAACAAAAUCCAGUCUCCUGUAUUCACUGCUCACAAUGUGGUCUCUCUACAUCACAGUCUAUGAAACGCAGGCUGGGUGACUGCUUUGCAGAACAUCCAUGUUGUGUCUGUAAUAAUGACCCUGAGCUUCCAGCUGCCUGCCACUUCAACACACCACCCUGUUCCCUGGCCAACAUUUCUGUCUCAGGUUUGCUGUAGUGCUCCAUCAAAGCACAGCACAAACUGGAAGAACAACAUAUCAUUUUCUGCUUGGGGACCCUGCAGCGUUCAGGACUCAACAAUAAUUUUAGAACCUGAAAACCUCCUUCCAUGUCCUUUACCCAGCUCACAACCCUGGCCCUGUAUUGAAAUGGUCUGCUUUCAGCGCAGCCAACCCAUUUCCACCUACUCAUUGUCCCCAUUAUCAGCCUCACUUUCUCCCUGGUUUACCAUCAAACAUCCCUUUGAAUGCCUAUCAGUCUUUCUGUCUCUCUGAGCUCAAUUCCCCCCCCCCCCCCCCCCCCAUCUUCAGCAUAUAAACCACCCUUACCUAGCUACUAUCAGUUCUGAUGAAAAGUCGUUGGAUUUGAAACGUUAACUUUUUGUCUCUCCCCACAGAUGCUGCCAGACCCUUCUGAGUUUCUCCAGCAAUUUCUAGCUGUGUUUCAGUCGAGUUUCAGUUUGUUUAAAAUGGGAGCUCUUGUGUUUGACUCAUCUGUCACCAGGAACAGAGGGGUUAAAGUGUAGUCAAGUGACCAAAUGGUGACUUCACUUCUGUCACGCACUGACUGUUGGUUUAGUCUCUGUGAUUGUCUGUGAGAGAUACAGGCAGUCUUUCAGUACUCUCUCAGUGCUUUGUAAUCGACCGUUUGGACCAUCUUGACCGCACGUCUUACCAAGGGUUUCGGGUAGUUGAUGUCAUUGGCGACUGUGCAUUCCAGUUCCGAUCUCCCUCUUUGAAUGACAUCAAGCUUUUGUUCACUAAUUCAAAUUGGCAUGAGGCAAGCUUUGCUUGAGAACAAUCAGGGCAUUUGUUGACCCGAUUAACUCUCAGUUGUUUAGGAGGUAGCCACGGUAACCAAGGUAGCAGGGCAGCCGCCUGUUUGUAAAGGGGAAUCGGGACACCGGGGCUGUGUUCGGGGAGAAGGAGCUCACUUUCAGGCAAGAUGCUCUCUGGGGGUCAGAAGUUAAAAUUGUGAGCAGAGACUGAAACCAAGAUCCCACUGCCAAGUACUCGAUAUGCUUUGCCAACUAAUAACAGGCCGCAGCCGGCUUUGAGUGGCCUCCACAUCUCCAGCUACUGUGUGAAGAGGAGUCAGUGUUCAUGGACAAGAACAGAAAUUGCUGGAGAAACUCAGUAGGAUCUGGUACCUUCUGCGGAGAGAGAAAGCAGAGUUCAUGUUUUGAGUCCAGUGAGUCAAUUCCAUGUUUGAAUGACCUAAAUUUGACCUACUUGGUAACCACAAUCUAAUUUAAUGACACAAUCUUCUCCUUUGGCAAUAUUGUGGGG